AUGCAUUUUUGGAUAGAUAAACGACAGAGCCAGUGCUACAGCGGUCGUCACAGAGUACCCUCAUCUUUAUCAGCAGGGGUGGGUAGAUCGAGGGGCCGCGUGUGCGCAAGCGCACCGCCUGGCGGGCGCAAGGGCAUGGCGGCGCCCGUGCAUCGCUUCGUGCCCGUGGAAUGCGCCCCCCGUCGCCCGAGGCCGUCACGCUCAACUCACUAUGGCCCGCCCCCAAUUCCGCAAGUACAUACAUCCCGUCGGACCGAAGAACCCAGCAUGUACGUCGAAAUACCCGCGGAACCUCCGCAGCCCACCAUAGCGAGCCUGGCUGCCGCCCGUAGCGUCACUCCCGAUACCUUACUCCGAACCGCAGCCCUGGGCCUCCCUCACUCGUCCAUGAUGGCGCCCCAUCUUAAGUUCGGGAUACUAGUGACCUUUGUCUUGGCAACAAUUUUUUUCGCCGGGGCGAAGUACUACUUUGAUCGUCAGGUGGGCAUUAAGCAUGAGCCAGGAAGCAGCGAAGCUGGUGUAAUGUGUGCUGCUAUGGCCUGCGUGUGUGGCAUGGGCUGUGCGUUGUCUCUUUGCCGUCCAAGAGCUCCGGUGCCACCUGCUUUUCCACCUGAUCGAGUGUCUACUACUGGUACUAGGGAGCUGCCGCCAUCUGAACCAUCUGAAGACAUUUCUCUAGCUACUCUCCUGCAGAGUUCCGAGCAGAGUGCGGGUACUUCGUGCUCCCCUGAAGCACCACCGCCCUAUCAUAUCGCGGUUCUGUUGCCGGGCCGUGACCAGCCAUCGCCUCCUCCGCCGGCCUACAGUGCGCUCAGCUAG